GGAGAUACGGACGUGUAAAGUGGUUUGUUUUUUGUUUGUGAUACUGAAGUUUAAAUAAAAUGAAUUUCCAAGUCAAAGGGGCUCUUUGCAUACUACUGCUUUCUUUAACGCCCAUAUUCGCGUACCGAGAGAUCAGCGGCAUACUCGAUAACACCGUCGAUCUUACACCAGAGGAGAUAAAUGCUUUGCGGCCACUUUUCUAUUACCUGCAAAAGCAAUAUAAUUUCAUAGGGGCUCAAGCGCCUCUCGAGGAACUAGAUGAGGACGACACGCAAGUACAAGAUCCACAGUACAAAGCAGCUCAAGCUGAAUUGGAGCAAUACUUCGAUGCUCUCCAACAACAGUAUACAUUUGGUGAAGACAACAACACAGUCAAUUUGUACAAUACAACACUACCCACAGUUACCGAAUUGUUGGGCUUCGCCGGCAUUGAUCUUACCGCUGUCGAGCUUGCCGAACGCGACGACAUUGAGAGUCUGCUUCAGGAGACACUAGACGAGGCACAGCAGCAAAUUGACGAAAUCGUACGAGAUUCCCUGCAAUUGGAGUCGCAACUAAUUAAAAUUAAUAAACCGAAAAUCGUGGCAUACAUAUUUAGAGCGCUAAGGGUGCUGUUCAAGGUAGCGACACGCGGAGCACGCGCCGCCUACUGCACCUACUCGCACAUACCGCAAUUGAAUGCCUCGCUGCAGCACAUCUACGAGGGCGUCGACUGUUACAGCUAUUCGAAGCGUUUGGUGUUGCGCAUUGAGCAAGAAACCGUGCAUACAGUGAGCACUAUUCAGAAGAAUGUCCACAGUUUGGCUGGCAUUUAUAAAAGGAUCGCCGGUAAGAAGUCUUUACUGGGCAAAUUGUCUGUGGUGCUGUUGAAUUUGUCGAAAAUUGUGGCGAACAUUAAAGAGACCUAUUUAUUGGGUGUCAGCGCGCUUGAUAAGGCGAGAAAUGAGUUACCGAAUGCCACGCAAGGCAGUGUGAAUUGCAGUCGCGACUUCGUCAGUGGCGUGCCGCAGAUGGUGGAGACUGUGGCUAAUUUGUCCACAUGUAUAAUGUACGUUGAUAACACCACCGUGGAGUAUGACUUCAUGAAACCGGAAAAUGAACGCGAUUUUAAUUGAUAGGGGUAAAUUUUACCUUUCUGGAAUUGUU